UCCAGAAUAUUAACUCAAAUCCAGAUUGGAAAAGUGCUUAUGAUAUCACCUGCCUAUGUUACCACCAGAUCACUUAUGAUAUUUUAGAGAUUCGAAUCCGGGUUGGCCACACUAAAAAUAGAGUAUGUAACCAUUGAAUCACUUCAAUUUACGCAUAAAUCAUUGUAUUUAGUAAAUAUGUAUGUGAUUUACAUAAUAAAUGGAUACUCGAUACCAAUUCAGAACCAGUGAUAUUCGAACCAAAAUCCAAACUGAAAUCUACUAAGUACAUAUUGGAUAGAGAAUUCAUUUAUCCGAAAGAUCCGGAUUCGAGUGGAUUUUACCCGAGGUUUGAUCCAAAUAUCCGAAGUCCCGGACCUAUCUGGAAACAUAUCUUCUAGGCGUGAAGCCAAAUAAAAUAAUCUUCAAAAAAUAGUAGAAAAAUCAAAGUUUAUUCUUUUUAAGGAAAUCAAAGCAAAGCAAAGAAAAGAAAGAGACAGAGAAACUCGAGAAACAAGGCUUCGUAUAUUCCUCCUACCUGCAAUCUAGGCGCUUCUUCUAUCUCUUUCUUCUUCUCUCUUAAUCUUCUUCAGCUGCUGCAACAGUUGUGAACUACCAACACCGAAAUCGCCUGGUUGUAGAUCAUAAGGAUGGGGGAAAGAGAGGAGGAGGAUUGUUUCCCGACUCAGCUAAUCGAUGGGAAGGGUGAAUUCAACGUGGAGGGUUUGGAUACUUUCGUGAACAAGACCAAGCUCUCUGAUUCUGGACUCUCUUACGCUGUUGUUGCUAUCAUGGGUCCUCAAAGCAGCGGGAAGAGUACACUUUUGAAUCAUCUUUUCAAAACCAGCUUUAGGGAAAUGGAUGCUUUUGCCGGAAGGAGUCAAACAACCAAAGGUAUUUGGAUGGCUAAGUGUGUUGGGAUUGUGCCUUUCACACUUGUCAUGGAUUUGGAGGGUACUGAUGGUAGAGAAAGAGGCGAGGAUGACACUACAUUUGAGAAACAAAGUGCCCUCUUUGCUCUUGCUGUUGCUGAUAUUGUGCUCAUAAACAUGUGGUGCCAUGACAUCGGAAGGGAACAAGCUGCCAACAAACCAUUACUGAAGACAGUUUUCCAGGUCAUGCUGCGAUUGUUUAGCCCUCGGAAAACAACUCUUCUUUUUGUCAUACGCGAUAAAACAAAGACUCCAAUGGAGCUGCUUGAGCCUGUUCUAAGAGAAGAUAUUCAGAAGAUAUGGGAUUUAGUUCGCAAGCCUGAAGCACACAAGAAUACACCUCUAAGUGAAUUCUUCAAUGUAGAGGUGGUUGCCUUAUCCAGCUAUGAAGAUAAAGAAAAAGUGUUUAAGCAAGAGGUUGCUGAGUUGAGGCAGAAGUUUUUCCAUUCCAUUUCACCUGGGGGACUUGCGGGUGAUAGACGUGGUGUAGUUCCUGCUUCAGGGUUCUCUUUCAGCUCCCAGGAGAUUUGGAAAGUUAUAAAAGAGAAUAGAGAUUUGGACCUUCCUGCUCACAAGGUAAUGGUUGCCACUGUUCGGUGUGAAGAGAUAGCCAAUGAGAAGCUACAUCACUUGGCAACGGAUGAGACUUGGUUGGAGUUGCAAAAAGCCGCUGAAGAUGGUCUGGUUCCUGGUUUCGGCAGAAAGCUUACCUCUAUCCUUGAAAAAUACUUAUCAGAAUACGACGCAGAGGCAAUAUACUUUGAUGAAGGAGUAAGAAAAGAAAAGCGUCUACAGUUGAAAUCCAAAGCUUUGGAUUUUGUGUACUCUGCUUAUGCUACCAUGUUGGGACAUUUACGAUCCAAUGCACUGGAAUCGUUCAAGAUCCGACUGGAACAGUCUCUGAAUCAAGGAAAAGGAUUCGCAAAUGCUGUGCGGGACUCCCAGCAGUCUUGUCUACUUGUGUUUGACAAAGGAUGUGAAGAUGCUGCGGUUACACAAGCAACUUGGAAUGCAUCAAAAGUCAGAGAGAAGCUUUGUCGUGAUAUUGAUUCCCACGCAUCUUCUGCACAGACUGCUAGACUAUCUGAAUUAACUGCCAACUACGAGAAACGGCUAACUCAAGCACUGAGUGAACCUGUCGAGUCUUUGUUUGAAGCUGGUGGAAAAGAGACGUGGCCUUCCAUAAGGACACUUCUCAAACGGGAGACUGAAGCAGCUGUUACAGAUUUUCUGGAUGUGGUUACUGGUUUUGAGCUAGAUCACGCUACAAUUGAUGAUAUGGUUCAGAAUCUAAAGGACUAUUCUCGGAGUUUAGUGGAGAAAAAGGCUAGAGAAGAAGCUGCCAAAAUUCUGAUCCGAAUGAAAGACAGGUUCUCAACAGUCUUCAGUCAUGACAAAGACUCAAUGCCACGGGUCUGGACUGGAAAAGAGGAUAUUAGAGCAAUCACAAAAGAUGCUCGCGCAGAGGCUUUGAGUCUUCUCUCUGUGAUGGCUGCGAUACGUUUAGACGAAAGACCAGACAAAAUUGAGAGUACUCUUUUUUCUUCUCUCAUGGAUGGAACUGUAUCCGAUUCAUCUUCCCACAACAGAAGCUUGGGAGCUUCUACUGAUCCGCUUGCGUCUAGCUCCUGGGAGAAGGUUCCUCCAAAAGAUGUGCUAUUGUCGCCAGUACAGUGUAAGUCUCUGUGGAGACAGUUCAAAUCUGAGACCGAGUAUACCGUUACCCAAGCUAUCUCGGCACAGGAAGCUCACAAGCGGAAUAACAACUGGCUUCCACCUGCUUGGGCGAUCGUGUUGAUGUUCGUCCUUGGUUUCAAUGAAUUAAUGAUGCUCUUGAAGAAUCCUUUGUACCUCUUAGGCCUGUUUGUGGCGUUUUUACUCUGCAAAGCCUUAUGGGUCCAGCUUGACGUUCCUAGAGAGUUUCAACAUGGCGCACUUGCUGGAGUACUCUCCAUCACAUCAAAGUUUCUUCCAACUGUUAUGAAUCUUCUAAGAAAGCUGGCGGAAGAAGCUCAAGGAAAAACAACUCAAGGAGUACCAGAAUACUCAGCUUCCCAAAGCUACAGACACCAAUCUCCCUCGCACUCCAUCUCAGAAUCUGUCUCAUCAAACAUAUCAUCAUUGGCUGAUGAUGAUGCAGAAUACUCGAGCCCUGCUCUGGCUCAGAGACGAAACACCAGCAACGUCCGAGAAACAGAGAUCUCUGAAAUGUAAACCAACUUAGAAGUGAAAGAGUUACCAUAGAAGAGUAUGGGUCGGUACUGUAGUUUAUAUAUAGCUGAUGUCGAGACUUGGAAACGUAAUCAUAUCGAACAAAACCUUGAAGAAGUAACUCAAGUUUUUUAAAAUCUUGGUUAGCUAUAUAACCAACUUAUGUUUCCUUGAAGCUCAAUUUGUAUA